AGACGUACAAACAAAGAAAAACACAUGCCGUUUCUAGUAAAUGUGUUAGCACUGCUUGCCGUUUUAUAACGUUUUUUUAGUUCGGUACUUUCGUUGAACGUAAAUCCUCUGUUUUUCCCCGGGGAAUUAAUUAUCCACUCCUUGCCGGAAUCCUCUCUUACUGGGACAUCUGAGAUGAGCACCUCUGUCGGGAUAUCGUUUCCUCUGACCAUUAAACUACCUGAAGCUCCAUCAUCUACAGGAACCUCAUCGGUGUUUCCACCAUCACAGACCAACCAAAACCCCAAAGAAAUCUCAAUCUCAUCAUCUUAUCCAGUUACAUCACUGACAGAGCUUUUACGAGAUUCUGCAGACCAAACCUGCCUUCAGAAAACGAAAUCGAUUCACGGGAUCGUCGCCAAGUCUCACCUCACGUCGAAACCCUUGACGCUGGUGCUGAACCAGAUGGUCAUCGCGUAUUCCAAAAGCUCGGACUUCCGCUCCGCGCGCCAGGUGUUCGACGAAAUUCCCCACAAGAGCGUCUUCUCGUGGACCGUGCUGAUCGUCGGAGCGAACGAGAACGGGUUUCACCGCGACGGGUUCGGCUACUUCGUCGAGAUGAUGCGCCGCGGCGAUGUUCCCCCCGACGAAUACGCUCUUUCCGCCGCGGCGCAGGCGUGUGCUGGCUGCUGCCGCUGUGUGGACGACGGCGGCGGCGUUGUUGAAAUGGUUCACGCUCAGGUUUUGAUCCGCGGGUUUUCUUCGUCUCUUGCGUUUGUUGUUGUUAACACCUCUCUGCUUAGCGUGUACGCUAAGCUGGGGAGGGUUGGGGAUUCCGUUAAGGUGUUCCUCUCCAUGGAGAGACGUAACGAGGUUUCGUGGAACGCGAUGGUAUCAGGGUUUGUGUCGAACUGUUUCUACUCGGAAGCGUUCGUUAGUUUCUUGAGGAUGCUGGACGAAGGGGUUAGACCGAACGUGCCGUGUUUUAUCAGCGUUUCCAAAGCUGUUGGGAAGCUGGGGGAUGUUGAGAAAGGUAGAUACGUUGCUCGUGUUGCUUUAGAGAUGGGUUUGCAGUCGAACGUCCACGUGGGAACAGCUUUGAUUGAUAUGUUUGCGAAAUGUGGAUGCUUAGCCGAAGCGAGGUUUGUUUUCGAGUCGAGUUUCUCUGGAUGCGGAGUUAAUUUACCGUGGAACGCUUUGUUAUCUGGUUAUACGAGUUCUAGGGAGGGAGAAGAAGCGAUGUUGCUGUUCCUUAGAAUGUGUCAGAAUGAUGUCAAGCGAGAUGUAUACACGUAUUGCAGUGCGUUGAAUUCGAUUGCUGAGAUGAGGUCUUUGGGAUAUGUAAAGCAGGUUCAUGGAAUGAUCGUGAAAGGUGGGAGAGAAACGAGUGGUGUGAGUCUUUUCAACGUCUUGAUGGAUGCAUACGGAAAAUGCGGCGAACUUGGAGCGAUGAGGAAGCUUUUUGAUAUUACUAAGGAGGAGGAAGCUAACCAGAUCUCAUGGACAACGCUCGUGACAGCUUAUUCUCAGUCUUCUGAGUGGGAGGAAGCUCUAAGCGUUUUCUCCCAGAUGAGAGAAACGGGGUUUCAACCCAACCACGUCACGUUUUCAGCUGUGCUUGCGUCGUGUGCUAGCCUCAGUUUUCUUGAAUACGGGCAGCAAGUACACAGCUUGGCGCACAAAACUGGCUUCGCCGAAGACAAAUGCGUCGAGAGUGCUCUCAUCGACAUGUACGCGAAAUGCGGUAGCGUGAGAGACGCCAUCAAGGUGUUUGAAUCUUUGGAAGACCCUGAUGCCAUUUCAUGGACGGCAAUGAUAUCUGGAUACGCCCAACACGGCAUGGCGAAAGACGCCUUGAGACUCUUUAGAAAGAUGGAGCAGCUAGUCUUUCCAAAACCCACUUCUGUUACGUUCCUGUGUCUUCUGUUUGCUUGCAGCCACGGAGGACUGGUGGAUGAAGGCUUGAGGUGUUUUCAUUUGAUGGAGGAAAAAUAUGGGCUGGUCCCGGAGAUUGAACAUUACGCUUGUGUGGUUGAUAUCCUGGGGCGUGUGGGACGUCUGUCUGAAGCGUGGGAGUUUAUAAUGAAGAUGCCAAUAGAACCUGAUGAGAAAGUCUGGUCGACGUUGCUUGGAGCGUGUAGGGUUCAUGGGAACAUUCGGUUGGCAGAGAUUGCUGCUCAAAAGGUUAUCUCUUAUAAACCAGAAGAUUCAGCUGCUCUUGUUCUCUUGUCAAACGCAUACAGAGAAGCUGGGAAUAUUGAAGCUGAAUUGAGUGUAAGAAAUGUGAUGAACUCUCAAGGCAUGAGAAAAGAACCUGGUCUGAGCUGGAUUACUAUUGGAGGUCAAAUCCACAAGUUCUGCUCUGGGGAUCAACACCAUCCCCAGAAGGAUGAUAUAUACAGAACUCUGCAUGAUUUGAUGGAGAAAGUAAAGAGUAAAAAAGCAUUGAAUAUGUGAAUAUGUGCUUAAACGUACACUACAAGAUUAAUUUCAUGAUGUUUCAGCGCACAAUGCUAUGAGAAACAACUUCAAGGACAUUACAUUCAAGAAACUGAUGUUCUAGGGUUACUCAAGGGCCUUCUGAAGUUCUUUGAAUCCCUUGUUGGCGUCUGAAAAUAUCUUCCUUUCUCCAUCCACUAUUCUGGAAGUCCUGACUAAUCAAAAUUUCGAUCCUAUCUUCUCUGUAAGUAUCAACAAUCUAGAACAUGUGAUAUGUAUUGUAUUGUAUCAUCCAUGUGUGAAAUUUUGUUCAAGAAGGCUCUCUCCCCUGAUUUAUCUGCUCUACGCUGUUAUCUAUCUUGAAAGUAUCUGAAUGCUUGAAAGAUUCGAACUUUCUCUUGGCUUUGUCUGUUCUGCUGCAGAUUAGUCAGCUUGCUAGGGCAUCAUUUCUUGAUCUCUUCAAGUUUCCUCAACACUUGCUUGAAGCUCGGUCUAAGAGAAGGCGAUGGAGAGCAACAAGACAUUGCCAGCUCAAUGUAUUCGACAACAUAUUCUUUGGUCACAUCUUCCUCACCACAUCUCCCAAGAAUCUCAGAACGGCACAAACCCAACAAUUUCUCAUUGUCAAGAGGAACAGAACUAGUUGAACUCUUGUUUGUUGGCAGUUUACUCGAAACCAACUCGAGCAUGAUCACACCGAAACUGUAGACAUCGCUCUCCUUGCUCACUUCCUUCAUCUUAAUCAACUCAGGCGCUUUAUACCCCUCAAGAGCUGAAGCCUCUAGCACCUCUUGCCCAGCCGCAAGAUUCAAGAGCAAAUGCAAGCCGAAAUCAGAGACUCUAGGCCUAAAACUCUGGUCCAAGAGAACAUUCUUGGACUUGAGGUUCCCGUGAACGAUAGGUUUCUGCGUUCCUGUGUGGAGAUGGUCAAGAGCUUUCGCUAUUCCGGUGGUGAUGCUCAAAAUAUUGCUCCAUUUGUGUGAUUCAACAUCUCCACCUGCCAAAACUAUGAUCUUCUUUAAGCACAUGUUGAAUAGUUAUAAUACUAAUAAAAAACUAAUGACGAAAGUUUUUGCUGAUGUCGAUGUUCUUUAAAACGAGAUCUAUAAAGUUUUUGUCUUUCA